UUACAACGGCGAUAAACGACAUUCUGUUGUUUCGACGCCCUUCUUUGAGGUGUCCUCGUGGCGACUGUAUUCUGAAUUUAGGAAUUGUAAAUAUUUUCAUUAGAAAAGUUUGAGGCGAGUGUAUAUCUAUAUAUCUGUUAUGUCUAGAACAAAGUUGGUGAAGUUAGGGCCUCAGCGGUCUCAAUUAAACUGCCGAAACCGCAGGCAAGCGAAAGUGCAGAAUACUAAAAAGCGUAAGAAGCGCAUAGUGGUUCCGUGUAAGGGCGCCACAUGGGAAAACCUGAAUCCCGAAAAGAUGAUUGUUAUACGAGAAGAAGAUAAAAAAUAUUUCGGUUUAAGUGGGAUUGGUUUUAGACCAACUGGUUAUAUUGAUAUUGAUUAUGAAGUGGCUAAAUAUCACCAGAAGCUUGUAUGCUCUGGAAGUAGAGUCAAUGCUGCUAUACUUAGUAAUAAGGCUGUGGAACUGUGUUUAAAAGCGGGUUUGCCACUGACUUUGUAUAAUGCAACGUCAGGAUGGAUACAGUAUUUCUUAAAAAGAUGUGCUUGUGUUAGAGCACAUUUGCAGCAGUUACGGUCAAAUGAGGCCUCAUUCACUGAAGACGAAGAAACUGUCCAGACACUAGAAACCCCGCUUUGUAAAUGCUCCAAACCUAAUAUUGUUCCACAACAGCCUGCAUCACUUCUCAAUCUUUUUGCAACACCUGCUUCUCCAGAGCCUACACGCUGCCGGAAUUGUUCCAACGACGAUCUGUCAUCAGACUCCGGAGUGUCUUCCAUGUCUACCUCAACCACUGGUGCAAGUUUUACAGAUGCUGCUGCUUCAUCAGUUGAAUGUGCCAAAUUAUUCAUUCCGGAAAGUGAAGUCAAAUUAUAUCCGGAUGAUUGUGGAUUAGUUCGCACAGACACAGCAGUUUUUCGUAAUCCACGGACAAGAUUACAUAAUAUUCCACGCACUGACUCUUUUGGGCCAAAAAGGCUUCGUUAUGAUUAUUUUUUACCAGAGUACUGUUUUCCAGAACUGUUGCCCUCCGGGGAAGUGAAAAAUUUUGUUGAAAAUUUUAAUCAAUCAUCCAUUGAUCAAGACUAUGACGUUGAUAAUGAAUCAUAUUCUAAUUUAUUUGAUUUGAUACAAAGUGAAUUUUCAUGACAUUUAUUGUUUACAUUUACUUCGGAUUUUAUAGUUUCACUGUGAUUAUAUAUACUUUGCCAAUUGCUUUCA